UUGAAUUGAAUACCUAUAUAUUUCUACUCUCCGAUUAUUGAAAUUAUUAAAAGAAGUUAUAAGAUUAUACUUAUCGUGCAAUCCACCAAAGGAAAAUGCUUAGGAAAUUCUGGAGCCCGAUUAAAAAUUACUUUCGACACCAUACAUGUAAUGUUUCUAACUCUCAUUUUUUAGGAAGUUUCCCAGCUACACAAUGUUCAAUGCUUGGUAAUGGAUUAACUAUAGCGACGGAAGCGCGUGAAAGCUCGAAUGUGUGCUUGGGGUUUUAUAUUGGCAGUGGAUCUAGGUACGAGGAUGACGCAAGUAAUGGGUUCACACAUUUUUUUGAGCACAUUGCCUUCAAAAGUUCUAUGAAAAGAGCCAAGGCAGCUCUUGAAGGCGAUAUAUCUAAAACAGGAGCCCAGUUCAAAUGCUUUACAACUCGUGAAUUUACAGUCUAUUACGUAGAAUGCCUUGCACGAGAUUUAACAUGCACAGCAGAUAUUUUGUUUGAUUGCGUCUUUAACAAUGCGUUUGCAAGUGAUGAAAUAGAAAAACAAAAACAAGUAGUUUACCAAGAAAUGUUAGACCACGAUGACUCUUCGGUGAAUGUUUUGUAUGAUUAUUUACAUUCAACAGCCUUUCAAGGCACUCGAUUAGCACAGCCAGUUAUGGGGUCUAGCAAGAAUCUAUUCAGUGUAACUAAUUCCUAUUUGUGUAAUUUUGUCACUAAAAUGUAUAUCCCACAGAGAACAGUGCUGGUAGCUGUUGGUGGCAUAACACACGAGUCUGUAGUAAGUUUAGGUGAAAUGUAUUUGAGCCAUGCACCGAAUGCAGUACCAAUAGACCUCGGUCCGAAGAGGUAUACAGGUUCCGAGAUUGUUUACAGAAAUGAUUCAAUGCCAGUAGCCCAUGUGGCAAUUGCUGUAGAAGGACCAUCAGUUUCUGAUGAAAAUAAACUUGUAAUGGACCUUGUUACUUCACUAAUUGGAGGAUGGGAUCUGUCCCAGCCGAGUGGAGCAAAUCACGGAACUCGUAUAGCCCACUUCGUCUCUGCGGGUGGUCUGUGUGAAUCAUACAAAGCUUUCAAUUUACACUAUCAAGACACCGGAUUAUGCGGCAUUGAAUUUAUGUCACCGCGACUUGAAACCGAUGACAUGGUACUGACCAUCCAAGAGGAAUGGAUGAGAUUAUGCUAUAUGAUAACUGAUGGUGAAUUAGUGAAAGCAAAAAAUGAACUAAAGUCUAAAAUACUAACUAAAGUGCAAACUACAACUGGCGCUUUUAAUGACAUUGGUAAAUAUGUAUUCCAAACUGGUGACCGACCUUCCAUUUAUGAACAAAUGAUAUCAAUUGAUAAUAUAACGGCAGACAGAUUUAAAAAAGUUUGUGAAGAAUAUUUCUAUGACAAAUGUCCAGUGGUUGCUGGUAUAGGGGCGACUGAAGGGUUAUUGCAAUAUCCCAGAACCCGAGAUUGGAUGUAUUGGUUACGAGUUUAAAAGCUAUAACUUAAACCCUAAGAACCAAUUAAGAGAUUGCAAUAUAGAGCAUCGUCGGAAAAAUAUUGAUCGAUUCUUUACAAACCAAAUAUCUACCGGUCGAUAAAAUUUAAUAAUUUUUGACACAGAUGUAGCUUGGCCUGGAUUAUCAUAAUAUACACUUUAUUUAUUGGGAAAACAAAGGCUACCCACGUGAUUUAAA